UGUGGCACUGGAGCCGCGUUAGGAUUCCAGUCCAAAUGUUUUCCAUAUUAGUUCAGAGCCUUCUCUGAUUCCAAAUAGCAGCCAUAGCUGUGUUUAUGGUGAGAGAGGGCAGGGAGGGGAAGGGAAGAGAGGGAGACUGCAGGCGGGCUCAUACACCCCAAAGAGUAAAAGUCGUGUAGAGACACAGGAAAAGAAAGUGAAGGCAGAAAGAGAAAUGAGACAGGCACAGAAAGAUUCCUCAGACAAGAAGGAGGGCAAGAAGAAGAGAGAGGAGAGCCCAACACCAGACGAUGGCCAUAAGUGCAGAGUCUGUCGUUUCCCUCUGCUCAUCGCUCUGCUCCAGCUGCUGUUGGGGGUGGCUGUCACAGCCGUGGCCUUCCUUAUGUUGGCUAUCAGUCCCUCACUUUUGGCCAGGGAGACUCCACACUGGGCUGGGAUCAUUCUGUGUUUAGUUUCCAUCCUGGGCUUUGUCCUGUACUGUAUCACCUAUGUCCCUGAUGAGAAAACAUCGAAGCAAUUCAUUGUCAAGCUCCUGUAUUUUGUCCUGUGCAUGAUUGGCCUGGUCAUCUCUGUGCUGGUCAUGGCGUUUGCUGCGCACCAUUACGAGCAGACCAGCAGCUUCAUCUGUGAGCAGAAGGCAGAAGCCUGCAUCUGCAUACUGGAUAAUGAAGAUCUACUAGCUCGCACCUUCACUUAUGAGGGAGUCAGUGACUGCGAGGUGAUCACCGGUUCACUCACACUUUACUUCCUGAUCCAGAUCUUCCUCAAUCUGGCCCAAGCGCUCGUCUGUGCUGUUGGCGCCUUCAUCAUGUGGAAGCACCGCUAUCAGGUCUUCUUUGCUGGGCUUCAGAUUGGCUCUCCCUCAACCCAGCAGUGGCAGAAAGUUUAACUGAUGAUGGCAAAGCUCACGAGGUGCCUCUGGUCGGUCAGCUCAAGAGGGAGGUUGACUGUACACUGGCGGACUGGAAUAUUUGCCUUUUUGUGUGCCUUGGCUUGUUUUCUGUCAGCAUUUCUGUCAGCCAAUCACAUGGUAGCAGCUCAAUGUAUUUAUGCUGGAAGUUGUGCCAGCUUUGUAACAGCCUUUUGCACAAAUUUUGUAUUUUACAUAAGUAAAGUUGUACUUCCAGUUGCCAAUUUUUAGUCCUUGAAAAGAAGUUGUAAAGGCAAAAGCAGCUUAUUGUGUUUCAUAUUUUUGUUCACAAUGUUUUCAUCUCAUUCACAGAAAUUUCAUAACCACAACACCUAAAACACAUCGAAUCACGGUGUUCUUGUGUGAUGAUUUUCAAUUACAGAAUGAAACUGCCUCAAGAAUUAAAAAAGCAGUGUUCACACAUUAGCAAAUAUUAGUAAGAUGUAAGAUGAAUCUUAAACCUUAAAAAUGAAUGCUUUGUUUAUUGAUUAUUGUAACAUAAUAAAAUCCCCAUUUAUUAAA